AGCUCCGUUUCAGGCGUUCAUUCCCAUUAUAAAUUAUUGCCAUUAUGAUGGGUUUAUUUUUGGUCCAUAAAUUAGGAAUUUUAUUGAUUGUUUCUUCAUUCCGACAUGGGGAGUAGUGGUGGCAGCAACAGCAUCAUUGACGAAGUUCUCCGCUGGUUUCGACUCCGCCGCUCCUCCUCCACCCCUGAUAUUAAUAGCCCCCCUCCCGAUUCCUCCGCUCAUUCCUCCCUCCAUAAAUCCAUACCCGGAGCUGCCCUACCCAUUAAGGAAGACGAAGGAGGAGGAGGUGGAAAGCAGGAGAGAGAGAAAUCUGAUGCCUUGCACUUGAUCAGAGUACCCAAUUGCGCCAACUUCGUGAGCAGCAGCAGCACCACCGCCGCCGCCAACAACGUCGCUCGCAUGGCCGCGGAUUCUCAGAAGAAGGGAUCCUUGGAUACGGAAUUCUUCACCGAGUAUGGCGAGGCAAGCCGGUACCAAAUCCAAGAAGUUGUCGGAAAAGGAAGUUACGGUGUGGUUGGUUCUGCCGUGGACACUCACACUGGAGAGAGAGUCGCAAUCAAAAAGAUCAAUGAUGUCUUCGAGCAUGUCUCUGAUGCGACUCGUAUCUUGAGAGAGAUAAAGCUCCUCCGAUUGCUCAGACACCCUGAUAUUGUGGAAAUCAAGCACAUCAUGCUCCCGCCUUCUCGGCGCGAGUUCAGGGACAUCUACGUGGUUUUCGAGCUCAUGGAAUCGGACCUUCAUCACGUCAUUAAGGCAAAUGACGAUCUUACCCCGGAGCACUACCAGUUUUUCCUCUACCAGCUACUCCGCGGGCUAAAAUACAUACAUACAGCUAAUGUAUUUCAUCGGGAUUUGAAACCAAAGAAUAUUCUUGCCAAUGCUGACUGUAAACUCAAGAUUUGUGACUUUGGGCUUGCUCGGGUAUCGUUCAAUGAUGCCCCAUCAGCUAUAUUCUGGACGGACUAUGUUGCCACUCGAUGGUACAGAGCUCCUGAGCUCUGUGGCUCGUUCUUCUCUAAAUACACUCCUGCGAUUGAUAUCUGGAGCAUAGGAUGUAUCUUUGCAGAAAUGCUAACAGGAAAGCCUCUCUUUCCUGGUAAGAAUGUCGUGCACCAACUCGAUCUCAUGACUGAUCUUCUUGGCACUCCUCCUGCUGAAACUGUUGCAAGGAUUCGCAAUGAAAAAGCAAGAAGGUACCUCGGCAGCAUGCGGAAGAAGCCCCCGGUUCCUUUCUCACAGAAGUUCCCCAACGUAGACCCAUUGGCCCUUAGGUUAUUGGAGCGUCUCCUUGCAUUUGAUCCUAAAGAUCGGCCCACUGCUGAAGAGGCACUGGCUGAUCCUUAUUUUCAUGGUCUAGCAAACGUUGAUCGGGAACCCUCCACUCAACCCAUUUCAAAACUGGAGUUUGAGUUCGAGAGGAGGAAGUUGACAAAAGAUGAUGUUAGAGAGUUGAUUUAUCGUGAGAUUCUCGAGUACCAUCCUCAAUUGCUCCAGGAGUAUCUCCGUGGAGGAGAUCAAAUCAGCUUCAUGUACCCAAGUGGUGUUGAUCGUUUUAAGCGGCAAUUUGCCCACCUCGAGGAGCACUAUGGGAAAGGCGAAAAAAGUUCUCCAUUGCAGAGGCAACAUGCCUCCUUGCCCAGGGAGAGGGUUCCUCAAUCGAAAGACGAGUCCUCUGAGCAAGAGGACUUUGAAAAGCGAAGUACGGCUUCUGUUGCUACGACUCUUCAGAGCCCUCCUAGGAAUCAGCUCUUGACUAAUUCCUCGGAAAAUGCAAACUCAGCCUCACAAAAUGGCCUGUCCAAGCCAAACUACAGUGCCCGUAGCUUGUUGAAGAGUGCAAGUAUCAGCGCUUCCAAGUGCAUAGGGGUUCAAGGAAAACAAACAGAGUCCGAGGCAUCGAUCUCCGAACCGACUAAUGAGGCUGUUGAUGGGCUAGCCCAAAAGGUUGCAGCUCUCCGAACAUGAUCUCUCUCAGUUCAAUUUGUCGCUUCUCCGAGACUAACGAGGAUUUGUUUGGAUAGCGCUGACCGUAGGAUUUACUACAUCGGCAUCUGACUCUUGACCCUAUUGAUUCUGUUGUUGUAACAACUGGGGCAACCUCUCCAUUGCCAACAUUUUUGCUUUUCUCCUGAGCCAAACAGAGAAAAGGAAGUCUGUACAUUACUUGUAAACUAUGUUUUUAGUUUUACACAGGAAUAUGGUAGAUCGAUUGUAUUACAACUCACUCUUCUAUUGAAAAUAUAUAAUCGCAUUUGAUA